GAAUUCUGUGUCCAGUUUUGGCCACUGCACCUCAAAAAAAUAUUGGAGAGCUGGAAAAAUUGCAAGCAAAAUUAUGAAGGUGUUGGAGCAACUCUCCUAGGAGGAAAGGUUACCAUUCCUUUUAUGAAGAAAGAUUAAGUAUUUUCUGAUGACUGUUUGAAGAAGAGAGAUUGGCAUUUGUCUUGCUCCAGCAUGUCCCUUUGUGCCUCAUCUCAUAAGGAAUGUUCUCAGUUGCCACCGAUUCAAGAUCUUGGAUGCAGCAAAACGGAAACGAAGAGCUCCUUGUCAGAGCUUGGCUCUCCUGCCAUCCCUUUCAGCUGCAGCCCAUCUGCUCUGACUGUCGAGCACAGUCCAAUUUACAUUCCCUCCUCUUACAUGGAGAACCGGCACGACUACUCUGCCAUGGCUUUCUACACCCCGGCUACAAUGAUGAACUACAACAUCCCCAGCAACUUUAGCGAUUCAGAAAGCACCGCCCUGAGACAGACGGCGAGCCCAAGCAUGUUGUGGUCAGGCCCUGGUCACAUCUCUCCUUUGACCUUACACUGCCAGUCCUCUGUUUUAUAUGCAGAACAACCCAAAAGCCCAUGGUGUGAGGCAAGACCUGUGGAUCAUGUCCUCCCAAUGCACAGAGAGACCCUGAAGCGGAAGGCCAGUGGCAGUGACUGUACCAGUCCCACGACAAGCAGUCCCAGCUCAAAAAGAGAUGCCCAUUUCUGUGCUGUGUGCAGCGAUUAUGCUUCGGGAUAUCACUAUGGUGUCUGGUCAUGUGAAGGCUGCAAAGCAUUCUUCAAAAGAAGCAUUCAAGGUCACAAUGAUUAUAUUUGUCCAGCGACGAACCAAUGUACAAUAGAUAAAAACAGGCGCAAAAGUUGCCAGGCCUGCCGACUCCGGAAAUGCUACGAAGUGGGCAUGAUGAAAUGUGGUUCCAGAAGAGAGCGUUGUGGGUAUCGGAUCAUACGCCGCCAUCGGAACUCGGAGGAUCCCAUGCAUUGUAUCAGCAAAGUGAAAAAGAACAAUGAAAGCAUCAUCCAAAUGAAAGAGGUCCUUGUCAAUGCCCUGACUCCAGAACAGUUUGUUUCAAUAUUACUUGAAGCUGAACCACCCAAUGUGUUGGUGAGUCGGCCCAGCAAGCCAUUUACUGAAGCCUCCAUGAUGAUGUCCUUGACAAAACUUGCUGACAAAGAACUGGUCCACAUGAUUGGCUGGGCCAAAAAGAUUCCUGGCUUCAUAGAGCUCAGUCUGUAUGAUCAAGUGAGGCUUUUGGAAAGCUGCUGGUUGGAAGUGCUAAUGGUGGGUCUGAUGUGGAGAUCCAUAGAUCAUCCUGGCAAGCUCAUCUUUGCGCCAGACCUAGUGCUUGACAGGGAUGAGGGGAAAUGUGUGGAAGGAAUUUUGGAAAUCUUUGACAUGCUCUUGGCAACAACUUCAAGGCUUCGAGAGCUGAAAUUGCAGCACAAAGAAUAUCUCUGUGUCAAGGCGAUGAUCCUCCUCAAUUCCAGCAUGUUUCCAAUGUCUUCCACCACAGAAGAACCUGAGAGUCACCGGAAGCUGAACCACUUGCUCAACUCUGUGACCGAUGCCUUGGUGUGGGUCAUUGCAAAGAGCGGGAUCCCUUUGCCACAACAGACCACUCGCUUGGCAAAUUUGCUCAUGUUGCUUUCACAUGUCAGACACGCAAGCAACAAAGGGAUGGAGCACCUUCUUAGCAUGAAGUGUAAGAACGUUGUCCCUGUCUACGAUUUGUUACUGGAGAUGCUCAACGCUCACACUGUCCGAAGUCACAGGAAAACAUCAAUUUCCAAUCUUGAGAUUAGCCCAUCGGAACAAACAGAGACUACAGAUGACACGCAACUGUGAUUUUGCAACAGAGACUUCAGAUGGAGCACAACUGUGAUUUCACAGUGAAGGAGAAAUCCAGGAAAGUACAAAGAAAACAUAUCAAGAUUGAAAAUAGAGAUAUUUGGGUAGGUGGUUGUUUUUUAAAGAAGGCACCAGUAUCUUGAUUUCUCUUUUGAAACUUCUGUGAUUUUUAUAGGACAUAUACAAAUCUUUUUAAUGCUGCUUUGCCUUGUCAUCUCUUACCGUCCUAAGACAGCCUCAUGAGGUUGAAAUGGCACAGCCUGCCUCUUAGUCUGGCUUUGUCAAAAGUUGCACUUCUGGAGUGCCUUCUAGAGGAGACUGUUGAAGCGCCAUAUGAGCCUUAAGUUUCAUGGUACCUUACCUGGAUGACAGAGAAGUGUUGUUUUUGCUGCUUUUCUUUUUAAAAAAGCGGGAAAGUUGUACCGAGCGCCUAGGAUCCCACUGCAAAAAUCAAGUGGGGGCAGAAAAUAGAAGCAACUUCUAUCAAGUAACUGAGUGGUUUUGUACAUUGCUUUCCAUCAGUGCUUCGUUAUAUAUAACAUUCUGUACAAUACAGCAGGUCAGGAGGAUCCUGUGCCCAUUAGAAAUGUGUGCUUUUCAGCUUCUUAACUGCAAAGACAUGAAUAUGUUUCCCUUUUGUGCAAACCCACUUGCACUAAGUAUGGGAGCAUGGAAAAGUUGGUCCUAUUUAACUGAAAGAGAGCUUGUAUAUUGAUGCAUUUUGACAAUGUGGACUAGAAAUGUUCUUUUUUUAAAAAAGCCCUGUUUUGUAUUGAGUGCUGGUAAAUCUCUGUGUGCAAA